AUGGGAGAUAACACACCAGCACCACUCGCUCAGGAAGAGUCCUUUGUUGGAUCAAUUGAUCAAGGUACUACCAGUACCCGAUUUUUGAUCUUCAACAAAGAUGGAGAGCCAGUUGCUUCUCAUCAGAUAGAGUUCAAGCAGUUCUAUCCUCAGCCAGGAUGGCACGAACACGAUCCUACGGAGAUCAUUGAGUCCGUUAACCAGUGUAUUGAAGGUGCCGUUAAAGCUUUCGAGCAGCAAGGACACUCUGCUAGAUCCAUCAAGGCAGUCGGAAUCACCAACCAGCGAGAAACCACAGUUGUCUGGGACAAGCAGACUGGUGAGCCAUUAUACAAUGCCAUCGUCUGGACCGACACAAGACAUCAGAAUCUGGUCAGAAAACUGAAGGCGCGUCUUGGCGCAGAGCAGCUCCAAGCUCUGUGUGGUCUGCCGCUAUCUACAUACCCAUCCGUUGGAAAACUGCUUUGGAUGAUUGAGAAUGUCAAGGAAGUUUCGGCUGCCUAUGAAGCAGGAAACCUUUGCUUCGGUACGGUUGAUGCUUGGCUUGUAUACAAGCUCAAUGGCGGACCAAAGAAGAACAUCUUCGUCUCGGAUCCAUCCAACGCCUCAAGAACUAUGUUCAUGAACAUCCACACCUUGAAGUAUGACGAGUCACUCCUCGAUUUCUUCCGCUUCGACAUGAACAAAUUGAACCUCCCAGAAAUUGUCCGCUCUUCUCACCCAACCGCAUACGGCAAAUUGACCACCGGUAUCCUCAGCGGUGUCUCCAUCGCAGGAUGUCUAGGUGAUCAAUCAGCUGCUCUCGUAGGCCAAAAAGGUUUCUCCCCCGGUCGAGCCAAGAACACCUACGGAACCGGUUGUUUCCUCCUCUACAACGUCGGCGACAAGCCCGUAAUUUCCACCAACGGUCUCCUCACCACCGUCGCCUACGACUUCGACGGCAAGCCCCAAUACGCCCUCGAAGGCAGCAUCGCCGUCGCCGGCUCCAGCAUCAAAUUCCUACAAAACAACUUCGGCUUCAUCGAGGGAUCCAGCCAGAUCAGCACCCUCGCGGCCACCGUCCCAGAUAACGGGGGUGUCACGUUCGUGACCGCCUUUUCAGGUCUGUUCGCGCCAUACUGGAUGGACGAUGCGCGUGGAACCAUCUUCGGUAUCACUGCAUACACUCAAAAGGGUCACGUUGCACGUGCCACACUUGAGGCGACCUGUUUCCAGACGAAAGCAAUUUUGGACUCUAUGCAAAAGGAUUCUGGACAUGCGCUUGCUGAGCUUGCUGUUGAUGGUGGAAUGACAAACUCGGAUCUUUGCAUGCAGACACAAGCUGAUCUCAUCGGCAUCCCCGUCGAGCGUCCCCGUAUGCUCGAGACCACCGCCCUCGGUGCCGCCAUCGCAGCCGGUUUUGCCGUCGGUGUGUGGGAGACAUUCGAUGAGCUCAAGAACGUGAACACUACUGGUGUCACCACUUUCACCCCUAAGAUCGACGCUGAUGAGCGAAACAAGAAGUUCGCUAGAUGGGAGAAGGCUGUUAAGAUGUGCAAGGGCUGGGCUGAGGAUUAG